AUGUUACCAGGUCAGUAAGCCAAAACCACCUCGGGUAAACAAGUAUGUCUGGCCCUGCCUGUCUGGCAAAGCACAAUGGAAACCAGGUGGCUGGCUUGCUGCUGCAAUCUCCAACAUGGCCAAAAAGACAACUUCAGAAGCGCUGACUCAGCAGUAGUUAACUCUGGGAUGAGCCAUUACUCAGAUUGGCUGUUGAAAGAGACCUAGAGAGGGAGAAAGAGCAGAGUCAUCUGUUGCUAUGUGAUGGAUUUUUCUAGUGGGCUGCACUGUCUUGUUUUUGUAAGGCCUGUGCCAUGGCUGACAUGCUGUUGGUAAAAAUUAGGCUCAGUAAUGCCCAUCUGAGCUCAGUAAUGUUUUCAGUGGCAAAAAGCAGCCAAGCUACUGAGGUUGGCAUAAUACGGCGUGACUCGGGCGUAUGACUCUAAUUGUUUGUUUGUGCUCUCUCUCGAAGAACAUUUGUUGUGGUUUCAGACAACAGACUUGUACCCUCUCUUUAACAGUGAAACCUCCCUGGUGGUCCAAUAUAUUGCCUUUGUCAGCCAAGUCGAGCCCCCCCCCCCCCCCCCCCCACACACACAAAAUCCAAUUAGUUGUAAUGCACACUCAGCCUGACAUGCCAACUUGCUGUUUGUUUGUCAUGCACCCCCCAUGUUGUUUGCUCUUGAUAUGGCUCUGUGGCCUAAUCCUUGCUCUCAAUAUGUUGUACGAUGAGCUCAGUUCUAUUGUUGUGGUUCUUGUGCUGAAGGCAGCAGCGGCAGCAGUAGUAGAGAACCCUGAUAUUGAUCCUCUUUACAUUUAGCUGAAUGAGUGUGAAGACUCAGACAAUUCCUUUAGCUUUGGCCUAGUUCACACUUUAGCUGUCACAACAGGGGGAGGUUUUGUGACCUCUCGACCACCCCUGUUCUGCAUUAGCCUCUGUGACCUCCGAGCAGACAUGGCCCAUACCUUAACCCUGUUAACUCAGCAUGGAUGACCCAGAGAAUUAGGCUAGCGAGUAGCAACGUGUCAUUAAUUCUUUACCUCUGGGUUGAGCUCAAACCACUUGAAAGGUCAGUAGUCAUUAUAGUGGAUUUUGUCAAAUAAGAUGGAACAUAAGUUUCAGUGAGGUAGACUUUUAUUUGACUAACAUCAACUUCUGACUGAAAAUAUCCUUCUCUACAAGUGUCCCUGUUCACAGUAGUCAUCUCUUUUAAUUUACCUUUCGUACUUCAGUGAAACAGUAACCAUCUAGUUAUGUCACCAAGCGCAAGUAUGUAUGUGCCUUCAACACCUCCUGCUCCAUAACACACAGUAACAACGUUUCUAUUGUUAGUGUGUUAGUGUUGACAUGCUAAAACCCCAGACACCGGUAUUGGUGUUUUUCUCUUUCUUUUGUCUUCUGCCACAGCUCUGACUUGUGUUUGUUUGUCUCUCUCUAGGAAACGGCAAGUUCUGUGUACCUGGUCAUGGAGGUAAGCUUCUGUUGUCAUUUCUGUCUUUAGCCCUUGUUUUGGUUUCAGGUUCAACACACACACUCCUGCUCUAACUCAGUGGUUCUCAAACUGCCGGUUGCAAGAAGUUGUUUUUUUUUUGUGGGGGGGGGGGGGGGGGGGGGUCGCAAGUGUGACGCUGAAUGGGAAAAAUACAUAUUUUUAAUAUAUAUUUUAAUAGGCUACAUAUACCAUUUUUAUUUUAUAUUUAUAUCUUUGCCUAUUCAAUUUGGUCACUAACAUAGGCCUAUGGUAUUGCACCAAAUUAUUUUCUCAAAAACGUAUAAUAUUUACAUUUUACAUUUUAGUCAUUUAGCAGACGCGCUUAUCCAGAGCGACUUACAGUUAGUGCAUACAUUAUUUUUUGAAUUUUUCAAACCCACAACCCUGGCGUUGCAAACACCAUGCUCUACCAACUGAGCUACAUCCCUGCCGGCCAUUCCCUCCCCUACCCUGGACGACGCUAGGCCAAUUGUGCGCCGCCCCAUGGGUCUCCCGGUCGCGGCCGGCUACGACAGAGCCUGGAUUCGAACCAGGAUCUCUAGUGGCACAGCUAGCACUGCGAUGCAGUGCCUUAGACCACUGCGCCACUCGGGAGGUAAUGUGCUUCAGAUCCAAAAUGUUGUGCGUCUAGACUGUUGACAAAUGACCAGUCAUCAGCAUUGGCGCGCAAAGGCACAUAUGCAGAAUAGUGACCAGAAAGCACUUGUUUUAUUUUCUCCGGUUUUCAAAUCAAAUCAAAUGUUAUUUGUCACAUGCGCCGAAUACAACAGGUGUAGACCUUACAGUGAAAUGCUUACUUACAAGCCCUUAACCAACAAUGCAGUUUUAAGAAAAAUAAGUGUUAAGUAAAAAAUAGAUAAGUAAAAAAUACAAAUAAUUAAAGAGCAGCAGUAAAAUAACAGUAGCGAGGCUAUAUACAGGGGGGUACCGGUACAGAGUCAAUGUGCGGGGGCACAGGUUAGUCGAGGUAAUAUGUACAUGUAGGUAGAGUUAAAGUGACUAUGCAUAGAUAAUAAUAGUAGUUUAACAAGUUAAAAGGGACUUGUUUCCUGCUGAACCCCACUUACCUGUGUUCUUCGGUGAUUGUUUAAAAACAAAUAUCCUGUUGAAAAUUGAUAUCCCAAGUGUAAAUAAUGUACACACACUUAAAAAUAUGUUUUGAAAUAAAUGUUUAAGUGUGUGUACAACCGCAUUCAAGGAGUUGGUCUGAUGGUCAGAUGUGAUAUCAUUGGCCUCCCCCUAGCUUGCUGGAACAAUAGAGGAGCAAUUGACGACAAAAGAGGAAUGUCCCACCCCCCACUGUCAUGUCAUACCUGGACCACUUAUUGAGAUGUGACUUCUGUAAAUCAGUGUUAAAUGAGGUGAAAAGGAGACAUGAGUAGGUCUGUAAAGGGGACUUUACAGAGGGAAAUGAUACCUUUCAGGGGUGCACAAAGGAGUCAAAGGACCUCCUGUUGUCCAAACUUACCCCACCCAAUGAGCAGGCUUCAUUCAUAUUAAUGCUAAACCAUCAGCGUCAGUCAGUUACGCGCCACCCCUCACACACACACACACUUUAGUGAGGAGUAUUAUGUAUCAAUCCCUAUCUGAUUGAGGGUGGUGUUUUACACUUGUGUUUCUUCAAUUAUUCAACCUCAGUGUGUAUUGCUCUCUACUGAUUGUAUACAGUGCAUUCGGAAAGUAUUCAGACCCCUUGACUUUUUCCACAUUUUGUGGAAUAGCAAAGGGUCUGAAUACUUAUGUAAAUAAGGUAUUUCUGUUUUUUAUUUGUAAUGUAUUUGCAAACAUUUCUAAAAACCUGUUUUUGCUUUGUCAUUAUGUGUAGAUUGAUGAGGAUUUAUUUAUUUUUUAAUCAAUUUUAGAAUAAGGCUGUAACGUAACAAAAUGUGGAAAAGGGGAAGGGGUCUGAAUACUUUCCAAAUGUCUCCUAAUGUCGUUCUCUUUUAUCUCCCUCUCUCUCUAGUACUGCAAUGGUGGGGACCUGGCGGACUAUCUGCACUGUAAGUGGACUGUUUCAUCUGUCAAAAGGCCAGCGAAGCUCUCGGAUCGUUCUUGAAUUAAGGUGGCAUUUGGGCAUUUUGGGAAAAAAUGAACUGUCAUCUUCCCAUUCUAAAUCAACUAGUAUGGUAGCUCAAUGACUUCAAAUAAUAUCUACCAUUAUGAUAACACUGUGCUGCCAGUAGGAGUAGUAACACCAAUGAGAAGUUGUAGGUAAGUGAGAAUUUUCUGAAAUGGAGGCUUCAAAUGUUCAAAGGUCAUUAAUCCUUUAAAAAUAAUUUACUAAAGUGAUAUGAUUAAUCAUUUUGCUCACAAUGUUAUUUCCCUUCAUUUAAAUUGAGUAACACCAAGUGUCACUUUGGAUUUAGACACACCAAAUGAUCAAUGGAAUCCUACAAUUUAUGAGAUACUAAAAGGGUGUGAUUAGCUAAUAAUAUUUUUUAGUAUAAAAAUCAAAUCAAAUCUAAUUUUAUUUAUCACAUACACGUGUUUAGCAGAUGUUAUUGCGGGUGUAGCGAAAUGCUUGUGCUUCUAGCUCCGACAGUGCAGUAAUAUCUAACAAGUAAUAUCUAACAAUUUCACAACAUAUACCCAAUACACACAAAUCUAGUAAGUAAUGGAAUUUAAGAAUAUAUACAUAUAUGGACAAGCAAUGACAGAGUGGCAUGGACUAAGAUGCAGUAGAAUAUUAUAGAAUAGAAUACAGUAUAUACAUAUGAGAUGAGUAGUGCAAGAUAUGUAAUCAUUAUUAAAGUGGCCAGUGAUUUCAAUAGGCAGCAGCAGCCUCUAAUGUGCUAGUGAUGGCUAUUUAACAGUCUGAUGGCCUUGAGAUAGAAGCUGUUUUUCAUUCUCUUGGUCCCAGCUUUGAUGCACCUGUACUGACCUCGCCUUCUGGAUGAUAGCGGAGUGAACAAGCAGUGGCUCGGGUGGUUGAUGUCCUUGAUGAUCUUUUUGGCCUUCCUGUGACAUCGGGUGCUGUAUGUGUCUUGGAGGGCGGGUAGUUUGCCCCCGGUAAUGCGUUCGGCAGACCGCACCACCCUCUGGAGAGCCCUGCGGUUGCGGGCAGUGCAGUUGCCAUACCAGGCGGUGAUACAGCCCGACAGGAUGCUCUCAAUUGUGCAUCUGUAAAAGUUUGUGAGGGUUUUAGGUGCCAAGCCAAAUUUCUUCAGCCUCCUGAGGUUGAAGAGGCUCUGUUGCGCCUUCUUCACCACACUAUAUGCGUGGGUGGACCAUUUCAGUUUGGCAGUGAUGUGGACACCAAGGAACUUGAAGCUUUCCACCUUCUCCACUGCGGUCCUGUCGAUGUGGAUAGGGGGGUGCACCCUCUGCUGUUUCCUGAAGUCCACGAUCAUCUCCUUUGUUUUGUUGACGUUGACUGAGAGUUUAUUUUCCUGGCACCACACUCCCAGAGCCCUCACCUCCUCCCUGUAGGCGGUCUCGUCAUUGUUGGUAAUCAAGGCUACUACUGUUGUGUCGUCUGCAAACUUGAUGAUUGAGUUGGAGGCGUGCUUGGCCACGCAGUCAUGGGUGAACAGGGAGUACAGGAGGGGGCUGAGAACGCACCCUUGUGGGGCUCCAGUGUUGAGGAUCAGCGAAGUGGAGAUGUUGUUUCCUACUCUCAGGAAGUCCAGGACCCAGUUGCACAGGGCGGGGUUCAGACCCAGGGCCUCGAGCUUAAUGAUGAGCUUGGAGGGUACUAUGGUGUUGAAUGCUGAGCUAUCGUCAAUGAACAGCAUUCUUACAUAGCUAUUCCUCUUGUCCAGAUGGGAUAGGGCAGUGUGAUGUCGAUUGCAUCGUCUGUGGAUCUAUUGGGGCGGUAAGCAAAUUGAAGUGGGUCUAGGGUGACAGGUAAGGUAGAUGUGAUAUGAUCCUUGACUAGUCUCUCAAAGCACUUCAUGAUGACAGAGGUGAGUGCUACGGGGCGAUAGUCAUUUAGUUCAGUUACCUUUGCUUUCUUGGGUACAGGAACAAUGGUGGCCAUCUUGAAGCAUGUGGGAACAGCAGACUGGGAAAGGGAGAGAUUGAAUAUAUCCGUAAACACACCAGCCAGCUGGUCUGCGCAUGCUCUGAGGACACGGCUAGGGAUGCCGUCUGGGCCAGCAGCCUUGCGGGGAUUAACAUGCUUAAAUGUCUUACUCAUGUCGGCCACGGAGAAGGAGAUGCCACAGUCCUUGGUAGUGGGCCUCGUCGGUGGCACUGUGUUAUCCUCAAAGCAGGCGAAGAAGGUGUUUAGCUUGUCUCGAAGCGAAACGUCGGUGGCUGGUUUUCCUUUUGUAGUCCGUGAUUGUCUGUAUACCCUGCCACAUACGUCUCGUGUCUGAGCCGUUGAAUUGCUACUCCACUUUGUCUCUAUACUGAUGUUUUGCCAGUUUAAUUGCCUUGCGGAGUGAGUAGCUACACUGUUUGUAUUGCCAAACAAUACAAACAGUGUAGAUCCCUCCCCCAAUAACAGUUUGCCACUGGAGAGAAUCCUCAAGGUCCUUGUAUAUCUUUGUAAUGAGUGAUUUUCAAGGCGGUAACACCAAUGACACAUUAUACUAGUAAAAUAAAUAGGUAUUUGAAUAGCUUUUGUUUUUAUUGAUCUAUACAAUAUAUGAAAUACUUUCUUUCACUUUCUAGCAUUCAAAAUAAUAAAGCAGGGGACACACAUAGGAUUGUCUACCAUUCGCCAGCCAAGGAUAAUUAGCACCUCUGAACAGAGUGUCAGCAGUCAAUCUCUUUUGUGUUCAUACAACAAAGACCUUGACCUCGUUAGCCACAAAGCUUUGUUAAAAUACUCCAAACCAGAAGGUGGUAGUAACGUUGUUUGGCAAUGCAUGUCCAUAUGUGUUGCUUAGUUUAUGGUCUAGAUUCCAAUGUUGGCUAGCUAGCUAGCUGCACUAUUGUUGCUAUUUUGUAGAAAGCCCUUGUUGAGACUAGCCAGAUGGCCACUGCUAGAUAACUACAUGGCAAAAUGACGAAGAGACAAUUUAAUUCACUCCAUAAUUCCAUACUGCCAGUGCUAGCCCAUUACCAAAUGUUUAGCUAGCUAGCUAAUGUUAGCAUAUUCACUAGCUAGCACAACAUACUCUACUAGAUAGCUAGCUAGCUAAGGACAGUGCUCUAACUCAGUUGGAAACUAAUCCAUUGUGAUUUAUACUGAAAAAUAUAUAAACGCAACAUGUAAAGUGUUGAUCCCAUGUUUCAUGAGCUGAAAUAAAAGAUCCCCGAAAUAUUCCAUACGCACAAAAAUAUAAUUUCUCUCAAAUUUUGUGCACACUUUUUUUACAUCCCUGUUACUGAGCAUUUCUACUUUGCCAAGAUUAUCCAUCCACCUGAUAGGUGUGGCAUAUCAAGAAGCUGAUUAAACAGCAUGAUCAUUACACAGGUGCACCUUGUACUGGGGACAAUAAAAGGCCACCCUAAAAUGUGCAGUUUUGUCACACAACACAAUGCCACAGCUGUCUCAAGUUUUGAGGGAGCGUACAAUUGGCAUGCUGACUGCAGGAAUGUCCACCAGAGCUGUUGCCAGAUAAUUUAAUGUUAAUUUCUCUACCAUAAGCCGCCUCCAACGGAGUUUUAAGUAGUUUUGGUAGUACGUCUAACCGGCCUCACAACCGCAGACCACGUGUAACCACGCCAUCUCAGGACCUCCACAUCCGGCUUCUUCACCUACGGGAUCGUCUGAGACCAGCCUCCCGGACAGCUGAUGAAACUGAGGAGUAUUUCUGUCUGUAAUAAAGCCCUUAUGUUGGGAAAAAUGUAUUCUGAUUCGCUGGGCCUGGCUCCCCAGUGGGUGGGCCUGGCUCCGAAGUGGUUGGGCCUAUGCCCUCCCAGACCCGCCCAUGGCUGCGCACCUGCCCAGUCAUGUGAAAUCCAUAGAUUAGGGCCUAAUUUAUUUAUUUCAAUUGACUGAUUUCCUUAUAUGAACUUUAACUCAGUAAAAUCUUUGAAAUUGUUGGGGGGGGGGGUCAAAUGACACCAAAAAGAAAGUAAUUUACAUCGUUUUUAUAGUUAAAUACAGAUUUUAUUUUCCCUUAUCGGCUGUCCUGUCCCACCCCUCCACCCCUGUUUCUCCCCUAGCCAAGGGCACCCUGAGCGAGGACACCAUCCGGGUGUUUCUGCAGCAGAUAGCCGGAGCCAUGAGGGUGCUGCAGGCCAAGGAUAUCAUCCACAGAGACCUCAAACCCCAGAACAUCCUGCUCUCCUACCCCGCAGGACGCAAGUCCCACUCCACCAACACCUGCAUCAAGAUAGGUGUGUGUGUGUGUGUGUGUGCAGUGCAUUCGGAAAGUAUUCAGACCCCUAGACUUGUUCCACAUUUUGUUACGUUACAGCCUUAUUCAAAAAUUGAUUAUUUUGUUUUUUACAUCUCAUUAAUCUACACACAAUACCCCAUAAUGACAAAGUAAAAACUGGUUUUUAGAAUUUCUUGCAAAUGUAUAAAAAAAACAAAAACAUAAAUACUUUUUUCCCUCACUGUACAUAAAUAAGGUAUUUGAUCCCUUGCUGAUCUUGUACGUUUGCCCACUGACAAAGAAAUGAUCAGUCUAUAAUUUUAAUGGUAGGUUUAUUUGAACAGUGAGAGACAGAAUAACAAACAAAAAAAUCCAGAAAAACGCAUGUCAAAAAUGUUAUAAAUUGAUUUGCAUUUUAAUGAGGGAAAUAAGUAUUUGACCCCCUCUCAAUCAGAAAGAUUUCUGGCUCCCAGGUGUCUUUUAUACAGGUAACGAGCUGAGAUUAGGAGCACACUCUUAAAGGGAGUGCUCUUAAUCUCAGCUUGUUACCUGUAUAAAAGACACCUGUCCACAGAAGCAAACAAUCAAUCAGAUUCCAAACUCUCCACCAUGGCCAAGAACAAAGAGCUCUCCAAGGAUGUCAGGGACAAGAUUGUAGACCUACACAAGGCUGGAAUGGGCUACAAGACCAUCGCCAAGCAGCUUGGUGAGAAGGUGACAACAGUUGGUGCGAUUAUUCGCAAAUGGAAGAAACACAAAAUAACUGUCAAUCUCCCUCAGCCUGGGGUUCCAUGCAAGAUCUCACCUCGUGGAGUUGCAAUGAUCAUGAGAACGGUGAGGAAUCAGCCCAGAACUACACGGGAGGAUCUUGUCAAUGAUCUCAAGGCAGCUGGGACCAUAGUCACCAAGAAAACAAUUGGUAACACACCACACCGUGAAGGACUGAUAUCCUGCUCAAGAAAGCACAUAUACAUGCCCGUCUGAAGUUUGCCAAUGAACAUCUGAAUGAUUCAGAGGAGAACUGGGUGAAAGUGUUGUGGUCAGAUGAGACCAAAAUGGAGCUCUUUGGCAUCAACUCAACUCGCCGUGUUUGGAGGAGGAGGAAUGAUGCCUAUGACCCCAAGAACACCAUCCCCACCGUCAAACAUGGAGGUGGAAACAUUAUGCUUUGGGGUGUUUUUCUGCUAAGGGGACAGGACAACUUCACCGCAUCAAAGGGACGAUGGACGGGGCCAUGUACCGUCAAAUCUUGGGUGAGAACCUCCUUCCCUCAGCCGGGGCAUUGAAAAUGGGCCGUGGAUGGGUAUUCCAGCAUGACAAUGACCCAAAACACACGGCCAAGGCAACAAAGGAGUGGCUCAAGAAGAAGCACAUUAAGGUCCUGGAGUGGCCUAGCCAGUCUCCAGACCUUAAUCCCAUAGAAAAUCUGUGGAGGGAGCUGAAGGUUCGAGUUGCCAAACGUCAGCCUCGAAACCUUAAUGACUUGGAGAAGAUGAGUGGGAAAAAAUCCCUCGUGAGAUGUGUGCAAACCUGGUGGCCAACUACAAGAAAAGUCUGACCUCUGUGGUUGCCAACAAGUCAUGUUUUGCAGAGGGGUCAAAUACUUAUUUCACUCAUUAAAAUGCAAAUCAAUUUAUAACAUUUUUGACAUGCGUAUUUCUGGAUUUUGUUGUUGUUAUUCUGUCUCUCACUGUUCAAAUAAACCUACCAUUAAAAUUAUAAUUUCUUUGUCAGUGGGCAAACGUACAAAAUCAGCAGGGGAUCAAAUACUUUUUUCCCUCACUGUAUUUGGGGAGUUUCUCCCAUUCUUCUCUGGCUGGGCCACUCAAGGACAUUCAGAGACUUGUCCCGAAGCUACUCCCUACAAAGGUUCACCUUCCAACAAAACAACGACCCUAAGCACACAGCUAAGAUAAUGCAGGAGUGGCUUCGGGACAAGUCUCUGAAUGUCCUUGAGUGGCCCAGCCAGAGCCCGGACUUGAACCCAAUCGAACAUCUCUGGAGAGAUCUGAAAAUAGCUGUGCAGCGACGCUCCCCAUCCAACCUGACAGAGAUUGAGAGGAUCUGCAAAGAAGAAUGUGAGAAACUCCCCAAAUACAUGUGUGCCAAGCUUGUAGCAUCAUACCCAAGAAGACUCAAGGCCGUAAUCACUGCCAAAGGUACUUCAACAAAGUAUUGAGUAAAGGGUCUGAAUACUUAUGUAAAUGUGAUAUUUCAGUUUUUUAUUUUUAAUACAUUUGCAAAUAUUUCUAAAAACCUGUUUUUACUUUGUCAUUAUGGAGCAUUGUGUGUAGAUGGAUGAGGAGAAAAAAAACAAUUUAAUCAAUUUCAGAAUAAGGCUGUAACGUAACAAAAUGUGGAAAAAGUCAAGGGGUCAGAAUACUUUCCGAAUACACUGUGCGUGUGGGUGCAUGCACGUGCACUGUAAUGCGUUAUAUAAAUUAUAGCGACAAGAGUUCCAUCUUUCCACAGAAUUAAUUGAUACCCAUGUAAUAGCUGAUAAUCACCAUUGUGUGAAGAAUGAAUUAGUGCAGGGCUGAAGACUAAAGAGCAGUGUUCUGUAUGUGUUUAAAACUCACUCAUAUGAAUCCCUCUCAAGCCCAUUUAAAGCUGCAAUAUGUAACUUUUUGGGCGACCCUACAAAAUUCACAUAUAAAAUGUGAGUUAUAUAUCAGUCUUUCUCAUUGAAACCAAGUCUAAGAAGUGGUAGAUAUGUUCUAUGUGCACUAUUUCUAUGCUUCCCAUUUGAAAGUGUAUUUUUUGCCUCUUUUACUUUCGGUUUUGUACACCAGUUUCAAAUAGCUGAAAAUACAAUAUUAUUGGUUAUGGAAAAUAUAUUUCACAGCGGUUUAGAUGGUGCAUUGAUUCUCUACACUAUACUUGCUUGUUUUUUCACAAACUGAAGUUAGGCAAACUAUUUGAAUUUUAGCAACCAGGAAAUGGCGGAGCGAUUUCUGCAUAGUGCAUCUUUAAACAGUUGUGUGUGUGUGUGUGUGUGUGUGUGUGUGUGGAUCGCUCACUUUGAAAGGCUGUUAACAGUGCAACACUGUAGUUAGUUAGUAGUGAUGAUGAGAUUUGUUUUUGUGUGGAUAUUUCUCAUUGCCCAUUGAUCUUGAAUGUUAGCCUUUUUAACUAACACUGGUGAUUUGCUUUUCCCUGUGGCUAUGUGAUAUUCUGAAGUAGGAUGACAGACCGUUACUAGUAUAAUUUAAAGGUGUUAGAGUGCCUGUCAAUUAAGAGUAAGAUGGCAGGUUUCAAAAAUCUCUGACAAAACUUCCAGUCACUGGUCCUCUUGGUGGCUCAGUGGAAUAUCAAUUGAGUCCUCUCUCCACAGUAACCUCUUCAGUCGUUCCCUGCAGGUAUUACUUUUCCCGCUCAUUGCAAACAUUUUGUGAUCGCAGCAAGGUUUUGCUGAGUAUCUGAGUGCACAGCUGUAGUCUCCACUUGUACAUUGCUAACUCAUCUUCUUUUUUACCCCCCCCCCCCCUGUCCUUCUUCUAUCCCUCUCUCCAGCUGACUUUGGGUUUGCCCGGUACCUUCAGAACAACAUGUUGGCUGCCACUCUGUGUGGGUCCCCUAUGUACAUGGUGAGCAUCUCUAGUUCCUUAGACACUCUCAAACUGCCUAUGGUCAGGUACCAUGUCUGACAUGUGUCAUGUGUGCAACUCUGAAAUGUUUCCCCGUAUCUACCAGGCACCUGAAGUCAUCAUGUCUCAGAACUAUGAUGCCAAGGCUGACCUGUGGAGCAUUGGAACCAUUUUAUUCCAAUGUCUGACUGGGAAAGCACCGUUUCAGGUGAGUAGCAUAGUCCCCAUGAUAUAGGACUCAAUCAUACCCAGAUAUACCCAACUCAAAGGGUUAAUCAAAGGGAGGUUGUUUGAAUAGUUAAAAUGAAUCCACUCAAUACAGAAAGGGGUCAUUCAGCGAGAGAGGGAGAGAGAUAGAAAGUCAUUUCCACAGUUUGUUUUUGACUUGCCAUGCAAUAUUUAAGACUGGCAUGGCAGCAAUCAGCUUUGGUUUUCUCUUAGACUUAGCCGAACAGACCGGCUUUUCUCUCCACAUAAUGUGAGAGAUGGCAAUCUGUAGACUAGCUAGAGUUAAAACAACAAGACUAUUUAUCCAUCCUUUCCUAAGGCUCUUAGGAAAUCAAGUUACCCAAACUGUCCAGACAGGUUCAGCUGACUGUGUUUCCUCUUCAAAUCUUUACAUUCCCUUUGAAACUAAUUUGUGUGCAUGCAAACACUCAAGUUUGCACGGUUGAUUUGUUCUGUUUCUGUGUAUGUGUCUGUGUGUGCUACCCACAGGCUAGCAGUCCCCAGGACCUCCGGCUGUUUUAUGAGAAAAACAAGAACCUCAGCCCCAAGUUAGUGUUGAUCAGCUCUAGUAGUGUGUGUGUUUUUAGAGAUAGAGAGUACAGAUUCCUUUCACAUGAGAUUAUGUGUCUUGAAUGGUGCUUCCAUGUUAAUGAACUAAUGAUGUGAUAGACCGGAUUUGACCACAGGAUAUGUUACAAACGACUUAUGAUUAUCAUACUCUCACGCACUGCUUUUAACAUUUGAUUUAGGAUCAGCUACCACAAUCCUAACAUUAACCAUUUAUGGGGAAAUGCAAAACAGGCCCCCGAUCAAUUGUUACAACAGGAAUUAAGUGUAAAGUACCAUCAUGCAUUCAUGGUGACUUGUGUGUCUCCCCUCCCAGCAUCCCCAGAGAGACCUCCUGUCACCUGAGGCACCUGCUGCUAGGUCUUCUGCAGCGCAACCACAACGACCGCAUGGACUUUGGUCAGUGGGGCCACACUCACAGUGGUCAUACCAGUGCUCAUUAUUUAAGAGAUAUUUAAAAUUGAUAGGGUAGCAAGUUCCUCACUUUCAAUCUUUUUCUCUUUUCAUUGUAGAGGAGUUCUUCCAUCACCCCUUCCUGGAGACGAGUUCGUCCAUGAAGAAGAGUGAGUAACAUCCAUCUACUCAUCCCUAAUUGAAACAUCCAAACCAAUCUAUCAUAUGAAGAGGAAAGUCUGAGAAAUUAAUGAAUUGGUUUAUUAUUUUGAGAAUUUAUAUUGAUAUUUUUCUUUGAUACAGCUCCUGCUGUGACCAUGACAUGCUUUCCCAGCUCUGCUUCAGCCAGCUCCUGUAGCAGCUCUUCCACCUCACAUUUGGCCUCCCCACCGGUGAGUGUGUGUGUGUUAAUGUAUACAUGCUUAUAAACUGAGUGUACAAAACAUUAGGAACACCUUCCUUAUAUUGAGUUGCCCCCCUCCCCCCACCCCUUUUGCCUUCAGAACAGCCUCAAUUCGUCGGGGCAUGGAUUCUACAAGGUGUCGAAAGCGUUCCACAGGGAUGCUGGCCCAAGCUGACCAAUGCUUUCCACAUUUGUGUCAAGUUGGCUGGAUGUCCUUUGGGUGGAGAGGACCAUUCUUGAUACACACAGGAAACUGUUGAGCAUGAAAAACCCAGCAGCGUUGCAGUUCUUGACACAACCCGGUGCACUUGGCACCUACUACCACCCAAUUAAAAGGCACUUAAAUAUUUUGUCUUACCCAUUUACCCUCUGAAUGGCAAACAUACAUAAUCCAUGUCUCAAUUGUCUCAAGGCUUAAAAAUCCUUCUUUAACUUGUCUCCUCCCCUUCAUCUCAAAUCAAAUCAAAUUGUAUUUGCUACAUGUGCCGAAUACAACAGGUGUAGACAUUACAGUGAAAUGCUUACUUACAGCCCUUAACCAACAAUGCAUUAAUUUUUUUAUAAAACAUGCAUAAAUAAUUAACAGUAGCAGCAGUGUAAAAAGAUGGGGUGGGGGUGGGGGGCAGUGCAAAUAGUCCGGUUAGCCAUGAUUAGCUGUUCAGGAGUCUUAUGGCUUGGGGGUAGAAGCUGUUGAGAAGCCUUUUGGACCUAGACUUGGUGCUCCGGUACCGCUUGCCGUGCGGUAGCAGAGAGAACAGUCUAUGACUAGGGUGGCUGGAGUCUUUGACAAUUUUUAGGGCCUUCCUCUGACACCGCCUGGUAUAGAGGUCAUGGAUGGCGGGAAGCUUGGCCCCAGUGAUGUACUGGGCCGUACGCACUACCCUCUGUAGUGCCUUGCGGUCGGAGGCCGAGCAGUUGCCAUACCAGGCGGUGAUGCAACCAGUCAGGAUGCUCUCGAUGGUGCAGCUGUAUAACUUUUUGAGGAUCUGAGGACCCAUGCCAAAUCUUUUCAGUCUCCUGAGGGGGAAUAGGCUUUGUCGUGCCCUCUUCAAGACUGUCUUGGUGUGUUUGGACCAUGAUAGUUUGUUGGUGAUGUGGACACCAAGGAACUUGAAGCUCUCAACCUGUUCCACUACAGCCCCGUCGAUGAGAAUGGGGGCGUGCUCAGUCCUCUUUUUUUUCCUGUAGUCCACAAUCAUCUCCUUUGUCUUGGUCACGUUGAGGGAGAGGUUGUUAUCCUGGCACCACACAGCCAGGUCUCUGACCUCCUCCCUAUAGGCUGUCUCAUCGUUGUCGGUGAUCAGGCCUACCACUGUUGUGUCGUCGGCUAACUUAAUGAUGGUGUUGGAGUCGUGCCUGGCCAUGCAGUCAUGGGUGAACAUGGAGUACAGGUGGGGACUGAGCACGCACCCCUGAGGGGCCCCCGUGUUGUCUCUUGGUAAAUAGUGUGGUCUACAGCUUAUCAUAAGAUACUCUACCUCAGGCGAGCAAAACCUUGAGACUUCCUUAGUAUUUGAUUUUAUGCACCAGCUGUUGUUUACAAAUAUACACAGACUGCCACCACUUGUCUUACCGGUGUCAGCUGUUCUAUCCUGCCGAUGUAGCGUAUAGCCCGCUAGCUGUAUGUUAUCCAUGUCGUCGUUCAGCCAUGACUUGGUGAAACAUAAGAUAUUACAGUUUUUAAUGUCCCGUUCGUAGGAUAACCGUAAUCUUAGGUCAUCUAAUUUAUUUUCAAAUGAUUGAAGAUUGGCUAAUAGGAUUGAUGGAAGAGGCAGUUUACUCGCUCGCCGUCGGAUCCUUACAAGGCACCCCGAUCUACGUCCACGAUAUCUCCGUCUCUUUCUCCUGCGAAUGACGGGGAUUUGGGCCUUGUCGGGUGUCUGUAGGAUAUCCUUCGUGUCCGACUCGUUGAAGAAAACAAUCUUUGUCCAAUACGAGGUGAGUAAUCGCUGUCCUGAUAUCCAGAAACUCUUUUUGGUUAUAAGAGACGGUGGCAGAAACAUUAUGUACAGAAUAAAUUACAAAUAACGCGAAAAAACACACAUAAUAGUACAAUUGGUUAGAGGGCUGUAAAACGGCAGCCAUCUUCUCCGGCGCCAUCUCUACAUCUAGAGCCACCCUCUACACUGAUUGAAGUGGAUUUAACAAGUGACAUCAAUAAGGGAUCAUAGCUUUCACCUGGAUUCACCUGGUCAGUCUACAGUAUGUAAUGGAAAAAGCAGGUAUUCUUAAUGUUUUGUAUACACAGUGUAUAUCUUUGCUUUAGGAUAUUUAUAUAAUACUUUUAUGAAAUGUAUUAUUUCAGCUGGAAAGUUGAAUGCUACCAAAGUUCUGAAUAGAAAAGCCCACUCAAGAUGGUCGAAAGCCUUUUCGGCAUCAACAGCCAUUAUUGAUAAAUCAACAUCUUGUUUUGUUGCGUAUUGUAUUAUACUAAAACAAGUUAUUGUAUUUCUUUGUAAGUGUCUAUUUUUAAUAAACCCUGUUUCAUUAAUAUGUAUCAAGUCUGGUAAUACUUUUGCCAUUCUGUUGCUUAUGAGUUUUGUUAUUAUUUUAUUGUUGCAAUUUAUUAAACAAAUGGGUCUGUAAUCUGCAGGGGACUCUCCAGAGCUACUGUUGAUGUGUCCAAUGUCACACAGCUCAGUGUACGUUCAGUCUUGGGUUUGUUAGGUGGUAUAGGGCUUUUUGUCUAUUCCAGUGUUUUUUAAUCCUGGUCCUGGGGACCCAAAGGGGUGCACUUUGUAGUUUUUGCCCUAGCACUACACACCUGAUUCAAAUGAUCAAAGCUGAAUGAUCAAAUUAACUUUUGACAUGGCACACCUGUUAAUUGAAAUGCAUUCCAGGUGACUACCUCAUGAAGCUGGUUGAGAGAAUGCCAAGAGUGUGCAAAGCUGUCAUUAAGGCAAAGUGUGGCUACUUUGAAGAAUCUCAAAUAUAACAUAUAUUUUGAUUUGUUUAACACUACUGUUAUUUUAUUUUACUGCUGCUCUUUAAUUAUUUGCAAUUAUUUACUUAUCACUUUUUUUUUCUUCUUAAAAACUGCAUUGUUGGUUAAGGGCUUGUAAGUAAGCAUUUCACCUGUUGUAUUUGGCACUUGGCAAAUAAAAUUUGAUUUGAUAUAGUGGGUUGUUCAGGGUCAGUGCUGUGGUCAUAGUUACUCUCUCCUCUCUCUCUCCAGCAGUCCCUGGCUGAGGUCCAGCAGCUCCACGCCAAGACCCUUGCCUCCCCUACCCAGGAUGCCCCUGGCUUUCUCCUCAAGGACUCGUCUGGAGGGGGCUGCAGCAGCAAGAACUCUUCUUGUGACACGGAUGACUUUGUCAUGGUGCCCGUCCACUUUCCCAGUAAGCGCAUCCUCAUUCCUCAACCACGAAGUGGUGUUCUUGUAGCGCUUCAGUCUGUCAUGUGUAUACAAUCCAGAGAUUGUGAGAGAAGUUGUUUAGAUCACUUUCUUUCUGAAUGUAUAAUAGCAGUGUAGUCCAAUUUCUGAGAUGAUUCUGAGGUUCAUUCGUUUGGCUGUAUGGUCAUUCCUCUUUGACGUGUUGCCAUGGUUUCUCAGCAGGUGAGCUCACCUGUGAGGAACCUACUGGGAAGGUGUUCCACGACAGUCUGAUGAACAGCGGGUGAGUUUAGUGGACAUGGUCUUUAGUGAUGGGGCAAAAAUCAAUACAGUUACAAAUCCUGAUAUUAUUUAGGAUGAUAUUACACUGUGAACGAAAAUAUAAACGCAAUAUGCAACAAUUUCAAAGAUUUUACUGAGUUACAGUUCAUAUAAGGAAAUCAGUCAAUUGAAAUAAAUUCAUUUGGCCCUAAUCUAUGGAUUUCACAUGACUGGGAAUACAGAUAUGCAUCUGUUGGUCAUAGAUACUUUUUAAAAAGGUAGGGGCGUGGAUCAGAAAACCACUCAGUAUCUGGUGUGACCACCAUUUUCCUCAUGCAGCGCAACACAUCUUCGAAUAGAGUUGAUCAGGCUGUUGAUUGUGGCCUGUGGAAUGUUGUCCCAGUCCUCAUCGAUGGCUAUGCGAAGUUGCUGGAUAUUGGCUGGAACUGGAACACGCAGUCGUACACGUCGUUCCCAGAGCAUUCCAAACAUGCUCAAUGGGUGACAUGUCUGGUGAGUAUGCAGGCCAUGGAAGAACUGGGACAUUUUCAGCUUCCAGGAAUUGUCUACAGAUCCUUGCAACAUGGGGCUGUGCAUGAUCAUGCUGAAACAUCAGGUGAUGGCGGCAGAUGAAUGGUAGGAUAAUGGCCCUCAGGAUCUUGUCACAGUAUCUCUGUGCAUUCAAAUUGCCAUCGAUAAAAUGUAAUUGUGUUCGUUGUCCGUGGCUUAUACCUGCCCAUACCUAUUUGACCAAGAAGGAGAGUGAUGGAGUGCUGAAUCAGAUGACCUGGCCUCCACAAUCACCCGACCUCAACCCAAUUGAGAUGGUUUGGGUUGAGUUAGACCGCAGAGUGAAGGAAAAGCAGCCAACGAGUGCUCAGCAUAUGUGAGAACUCCUUCAAGACUGUUGGAAAAGCAUUCCUUAUGAAGCUGGUUGAGAGAAUGCCAAGAGUGUGCAAAGCUGUCAUGAAGGCAAAGGGUGGCUACUUUGAAGAAUCUCAAAUAUAAAAUAUAUUUUGAUUUGUUUAAAACACUUUUUUGGUUACUAAAUUAUUCCAUAUGUGUUAUUUCAUAGUUUUGAUGUCUUCACUAUUAUUCAUAUUUAAAAUAAAGAAAAACCCUUGAAUGAGUAGGUGUCCAAACUUUUAACUGGUACUGUAUUUCUACAGCUCAGCUAUUCAUGCGCCAAAACUCAGGUAUUUUUCGUCCUAUAGCUUGUUCUCCAUCUUCUUUUUAAAUAGUAAACCAUGUUUUCAGCACUUAUGUCCAUGACUGAUCAACAUUUAUUUUCCCAUGCUAUCUCUUGUCUCUCUACAGCACACAUCCUAUUUUGUUGCCUUACAACCUGGAAUUAAACAUGCCUACCACUUUGAAGAUGUAAAAUAUUUUUUAUUGUGAAACAAACAAGAAAUAUGACAAAAAACAGAACUUGAGCGUGCAUAACUAUUCAUCUCCCCAAAGUCAAUUCUUUGUAGAGCCACCUUUUGCAGCAAUUACAGCUGCAAGUCUCUUGGGGUAUGUGUCUAUAAGCUUGGCACAUCUAGCCACUGGGAUUUUUGCCCAUUCUUCAAGGCAAAACUGCUCCAGCUCCUUCAAGUUGGAUGGGUUCCGCUGGUGUACAGCAAUCUUUAAGUCAUACCACAGAUUCUCAAUUGGAUUGAGGUCUGGGCUUUGACUAGGCCAUUCCAAAACAUUUAAAUGUUUCCCCUUAAACCACUUGAGUGUUGCUUUAGCAGUAUGCUUAGGGUUAUUGUCCUGCUGGAAGGUGAACCUCCUUCCCAGUCUCAAAUCUCGGGAAAAUUGAAACAGGUUUCCCUCAAGAAUUUCCCUGUAUUUAGCGCCAUCCAUCAUUCCUUCAAUUCUGACCAAUUUCCCAGUCCCUGCCGAUGAAAAAUAUCCCCACAGCAUGAUGCUGCCACAACCAUGCUUCACUGUGGGGAUGGUGUUCUCGGAGUGAUGAGAGGUGUUGGGUUUGUGCCAGGCGUUUUCCUUGAUGGCCAAAAAGCUCAAUUUUAGUCUAAUCUGACCAGAGUACCUUCUUCCAUAUGUUUGGGGAUUCUCCCACAUGCUUUUUGGCGAACACCAAACGUGUUUGCUUAUUUUUUCUUUAAGCAAUGGCUUUUUUCUGGCCACUUUUCCGUAAAGUCCAGCUCUGUGGAGUGUAUGGCUUAAAGUGGUCCUAUGGACAGAUACUCUCAUCUCCGCUGUGGAGCUUUGCAGCUCCUUCAGGGUUAUCUUUGGUCUCUUUGUUGCCUCUCUGAUUAAUGCCCUCCUUGCCUGGUCCGUGAGUUUUGGUGGGCGGCCCUCUCUUGGCAGGUUUGUUGUGGUGCCAUAUUCUUUCAAUUUUUUAUUAAUGGAUUUAAUGGUGCUCCGUGGGAUGUUCAAAGUUUCAGGUAUUUUUGUAUAACCCAACCCUGAUCUGUACAGUCGUGGUCAAAAGUUUUGAGAAUGACACAAAUACUAAUUUUCACAAAGUCUGCUGCCUCAGUUUUGAUGAUGGCAAUUUGCAUAUACUCCAGAAUGUCAUAAAGAGUGAUCAGAUGAAUUGCAAUUAAUUGCAAAGUCCCUCUUUGCAUUAAAAUGAACUUAAUCCCCCAAAAAACAUUUCCACUGCAUUUCAGCCCUGCCACAAAAGGACCAGCUGCCAUCAUGUCAGUGAUUCUCUCGUUAACACAGGUGAGAGUGUCGACAAGGACAAGGCUGGAGAUCACUCUGUCAUGCUGAUUGAGUUAGAAUAACAGACUGGAAGCUUUAAAAGGAGGGUGGUGCUUGAAAUCAUUGUUCUUCCUCUGUUAACCAUGGUUACCUGCAAGGAAACACGUGCCGUCAUCAUUGCUUUGCACAAAAAGGGCUUCACAGGCAAGGAUAUUGCUGCUUGUAAGAUUGCACCUAAAUCAACCAUUUAUCGGAUCCUCAAGAACUUCAAGGAGAGCGGUUCAAUUGUUGUGAAGAAGGCGUCAGGGUUGCCCAAGGAAGUCCAGCAAGUGCCAGGACCGUCUCCUAAAGUUGAUUCAGCUGCGGGAUCGGGGCACCACCAGUGCAGAGCUUGCUCAGGAAUGGCAGCAGGCAGGUGUGAUUGCAUCUGCACACCAGUGAGGCGAAGACUUUUGGGAGGAUGGCCUGGUGUCAAGAAAGGGCAGCAAAGAAGCCACUUCUCUCCCAGGGAAAAACAUCAUGGGACAGACAUUCGUGCAAAAGGUACAUGGGAUUGGGACUGCUGAGGACUGGUGUAAAGUCCAUUUAUCUCUGAUGAAUCCCCUUUCCGAUUGUUUGGGGCAUCCGGAAAAAAGCUUGUCGGGAGAAGACAGGUGAGCGCUACCUCAUCUGUGUCAUGCCAACAGUACAAGCAUCCUGAGACCAUUCAUGUGUGGGGUUCCUGCUCAGCCAAGGGAGUGGGCGCACCUCACAUUUUUUGCAUAAGAACACAGCCAGGAAUAAAGAAGGGUACAACACAUCGCCGAGAGCAACUUUUCCUAACCUCCAAGAACAGUUUUGUGACGACAAUGCCUUUUCUAGCAUGAUGGAGCACCUUGCCAUAAGGCAAAUGAUAAGUAAGUGGCUCGGGAAAAACAUCGUAAAAAUGGUUGGGUCCUUGCCAUUAACUCCCAGACCUUAUUCCCAUUGAGAACUUGUGGUCGAUCCUCAAGAGGCGGGUGGACAAACAAAAACCCACAAAUUCUGACAAACUCCAAGCAUUUAUUAUGCAAGAAUGGGCUGCCAUCAGUCGGGAUGUGGCCCAGAAGUUAAUUGACACCAUGCCAGGGCGGAUUGCAGAGGUCUUGAAAAAGAAGGGUCAACACUGCAAACAUUGACUCUUUGCAUAAACUUAAUGUAAUUGUCAAUAAAAGCCUUUGACACUAAUGGAAUGCUUGUAAUUAUACUUCAGUAUACCAUAGUAACAUUUGACAAAAAUAUCUCAUAACUGAAGCAGCAAACUUUGUGAAGACCAAUACUUCUCCACAACUUUGUCCCUGACCUGUUUGGAGAGCUCCUUGGUCUUCAUGGUGCCACUUGCUUGGUGGUGCCCCUUGCUUAGUGGUGUUGCAGACUCUGUGGCCUUUCAGAACAGGUGUAGAUAUACUGAGAUCAUGUGACACUUAGAUUGCACACAGGUGGACUUUUUUAAAACUAAUUAUGUGACUUCUGAAGGUAAUUGGUUGCACCAGAUCUUAUUUAGGGGCUUCAUAGCAAAGGGGGUGAAUACAUAUGCACGCACCACUUUUCCGUUAUUUAUUUUGUAUAAUUCUUUGAAACAAGUUAUUUAUUUUAUUUCAUUUCACCAAUUUGGACUAUUUUGAGUAUGUCCAUUACAUGAAAUCCAAAUAAUAAUAAUAAUAAUAUGCCAUUUAGCAGACGCUUUUAUCCAAAGCGACUUACAGUCAUGCGUGCAUACAUUUUUUUUUUUUUUUUUUUUGUGUAUGGGUGGUCCCGGGGAUCGAACCCACUACCUUGGCGUUACAAGCGCCGUGCUCUACCAGCUGAGCUACAGAGGACCACAAAUAAAAAUCAAUUUAAAUUACAGGUUGUAAUGCAACAAAAUAGGAAAAACGCCAAGGGGGAUGAAUACCUUUGCAAGGCACUGUACUUAUACAGAGCAAUAUGUUUGGAACAUCAAAUUGAAAUAAAAUCGCAGUAUCGAAUCGCAAUACAUAUAGAAUCGUGAGAAUCGCAAUACGUAUCGUAUUGGCACCUAAGUAUCGCGAUAAUAUCGUAUCGUGAGGACCCUGGCAAUUCCCAGCCCUAAGAUUGGUCUUAUGUGGGCACCUAUACACAAAGCUGUUGGGAAAUGUACCCAAUGCCAAUGUGAAAACGGCUUAAGAACAAUCCCACUUCUUAUUAAUAGUAUAUUAGAGCCACUAAACUGUUGUCUCCUCCUCCUUAGCUCUCUACUGGCCUCUGGUGGCCUGGGCAGUCAGGGCAAGACCCCACCCCACUCCCCCUCCUACAGCGGCUCCUGCAGUCCCAUCAGGUAAGAGCUGAUCACGCUCUUACUGGAAAGGGAUUCACUUCUUUUCAGUGUUCAGACAUAUUAAAACCAUAACAUGCUAAUGCCAGUUAUCUCACUCUGGCUGCUGGGUGAGUCAGUGUUUAUUGUGCACUGGAAGCCCAGGCCAAUGAUACCCUUCUAGAGUAGGGGGAUUAGUUUGUAAGGCUUGAUUUACAUUUACAUUUUAGUAAUUUAGCAGACCAUAGCGACUUACAGUUAGUGAGUGCAUACAUUUUCAUACUGGCCCCCCGUGGGAAACGAACCCACAACCCUGGCGUUGCAAGCGCCAUGCUCUACCAACUGAGCUACAGGGGACUACAAAGAUGACAAAAAUAUGUUAGGUCAGUAGUAGUGAUGGGUAGGGCUGUUACGGUGACCAUAUUACCACCACACCAGCGAUCACGAGUCAUGACGGCAGUCAAAUUCCACAUAACCGUUUAGUCACGUAACUAGGCUUCUCCAAGCUCUGAUGCUGCUUAUGGUCAUUAGUAGCCUACCAAUCUUGCUAACUGACUGGUACUCAGCACUCUAUUGUCCCUCUAAUCACUCUGACAUCAAUGCAAAUGUAGUCUAAUCAAACACUUCAUGAGAGCCCAUGAUCUCAUGUUGCACACAAUUUCUAUAGGCUAUGCAAUUGUGUGAGAAAACCGAGUUUUGAUGGCCUCUAUUAAAAAGAGCAGGAUCCCAUCAGCUUUCUAUAGGCUAGGCCUACUAUAUUUAUUUCUCAACUUUCCUAAUAUUAAGCACAAUGCUUGUCUUUACAAAAGGAGUAUAGCCUACCUGGCUGGCAUAAAAAUGAAUCACGGGAAAAGCGUCCUCCAUUCGCUAUUUAAGUGCAUGUAUUUUUUUCCCCUGCCCCUGUUUCGAGACAAGUGCAUGAUAAUGGUCCAUUCUAAAUUUUCACACAUAUAUUAUUUAGUAUAUGUAAAGACACGAUUAAAUCAAGAAUAAUCUGAUGGGUGACAAUGUUAGCCUAUCACUUGUGAAUGAUGCCCAGCUUGUGUGCAGUAAGGCAAGAAACAGCGCAUUCCUUUUUUUGCGACUUUUUCUAAUCAUAGUCGCACACCUCAUGUAGCCUAGCCUAUAGGCCUAUAUGUUUUGAUAAGGUUUGUAUCACAACUAUAGUGGCCCAAUAACUUGUUAAAAUUAAGUACAUUGAUCCGCUUUACAACCGGUGUAGAGCGUAACUGGCAUACAUAGGCGGCGUGUGAGUUUCAAGUUUAGGGAAGGUCAUCUUCACCAUAAAAAUGCACCUUUAUAAUACAGCAUUACAUAAUCAUUGUAAUCACAUUUGCGGUCACUUUUGAGAAUGGUGUUUUCUCGCUAAUUGAUUGCAUUUUGGAACAUUCGUGCUUAUAGCCUACUGCCGUGUGCGCAUUGUUGAGCUUAUAAUGUGAAGAAAUAGCCUAAUAGUUUAUCAACAUUUUAAGCUAAACGUUCUGAUCUGUUGCAUCAGCCUCAUUGCUUUUAAAAGUUUUUGUUGAUGCUAUUGGUUGUAUUAAUUUGGGAUCUAUCGCGUCCCACAACUGUCCCAGACUAUGUUUGGAAUAUUUAUUUCUCGCACAGAAGGACAAGUUGACCAAUAGAAUAGGACAACUUUUGUACUAUGGGGGUAUAGUAGAUUCACAUAAGCUAGUGCUUUUGCUGUUUGUUAGGCCUACUCAUCUUGUUGGCUGACGAAAAGUAAAUGUGGACAGUUCUUCCAACAUCUUUAAUAUUUGCCUCGGAAUUCGAUAAGGACGCGAGCAGUUGCGUUCCCGAUGUGUCUGUCUUCACUUAUAGCCUGUGAGAAGGCCCCGAUCACGUGACAUGCAUUGGCUAAUAAGAAUUGAGAUAUCUGAGAGAGCCAUGUGAGUGAGAGGUGCUUCGGAGCACGAAGCCGGGAGAAUGGAAUUAUAAUUAUUACGUUCAGCCCAAGGGCACAAUGGCAACCGGCCGCAAAAGGCAUGGACUUUUUUAGGGGGCAUUAAGGCCACACAAAGGGGAUGCCGCCGGGAAAUUCAAGGCAUUAUCAAAUUGUGAAUGAGAGACUGAUGAAGUGUGUGCAGCCUGUGCAAAAAACUAAGCAGAGCUCAUGCCUUUCAUGCAACUUUUUUCAAAUAAUCAGUAGAGUCGCAUCAUGCAGCCUUAGAAUGUAUAAAAAAUCUAAACAUACUGUAUAGCCCAACGUUUGUAUCAAGUUGCAUUUAUAACUCCAAAUGAAGCAUAUAGGAGGACCUGUUUCUUUGUUAACCGCUCAACACAGAAUAGCCGUAUGUGCGCACUCCCUCAAAUCGUUUGGAGAAAAUAUCCUUUAUAUUUUAUUCAGCUAAGUUCAAUUGUAUUCUUCAUACUAUAAAAUAAUGCCACAGAAUUCUAAGCAACUCUUGUCGGCUAAAUGAACUAGUGUAGCCCACAGCCAUAUGGCAUAGCCAGAUCAGGGCCUAACAUAAGGACAACUCAGAGUAUGCUAUUCUGUUCUUCUGAAAUAUAUAACAUUUUCUUCAUAUCAUGUUUCUUUAGACCUGUCUAAAAUAAUGGAUUUAUUGUGAUGGUGUGGGCUAUAUUAAAUUGAUUUAUAGAUGUUCCAAAGGUCUGCAUCUGUGGCAUGUAGGCUAUGCGUGGAAGCCAGGAGAUGCUAAAUGUGUUUAUGUUAAUUAACGGUCCAUUACCGUGAGACCGGCAGUUAAUUGCUUGACAAUCACCGGCUGACAAAAUGUAAUGAAAAUCGAUAGUUAUAUAUCGCAAUAUUAUUUUGGAUGAUAUUAUAUAGAUACUUUGACUUCAUAUAUCGAUUUGGAGGAAUCGAUUUUGCUAGAUAGCUUUAGCUAGCGCUAGUUGGCUCUUGUUAUUUUUCAUCCUAUAGCUUGUUCUCCAUUUUCUUUUAAAAUAGUGAGCCAAUACGUUUUCAGCACUUUUAUUUCCAUGACUGAUCAAAACUCAUUUUCUCUUGGCUCUCUCUUCUCUCUGCAGCAGUGAGCAAUAUUUUUGGAACAUCAAAUAGAAAUAAAAUUGCAUUAUCGAAUUGGAAUACAUAUAGAAUUGUGAUAAUUGUGAGAAUCACAAUACACAUCGUAUCAGCACCUAAGUGUCGUGAUAAUAUUAAAACCGUAUCGUGAGGUCCCUGGCAAUUCCCAGCCCUAUUCAGUAGGUCAAUCUGAUCAUCAUCUCCCCUCUCUACCAAAGCAAUCCUUAAUCAAGGGCUCACACUGCUCUCUCGUUCUCUCUCUCACUCUCUCUUUCUCUCUCUCUCACUAUUACAUAGAUGUUUUGUCUGUUACUAUUCUCUCAGUAUUUUUGCUGUUUCACUCUCUUUGUUAAUGUAUUGAUCAGACAGGGAAUGGUUAAACGUAGCUAACUCCCGCUUUCUCUCUUCUUUCAGUCGGCCAAGUGAGUUCUCUGGCAGUAACUGUGGUAACUAUGGUAACUACGGUCAGUCGGUGCCCAUUCCUGUUCCCACUCAGGUCCACAACUACCAGCGCAUGGAGCAGAACCUUCAUUCCCUCAGCCAUGACGGCUCCCCACAGUCAGUAUAUACAUACACUGAGUGUACAAAACAUUAAGGACACCUUCCUAAUAUUGAGUUGCACCCCCCCCCUUUUGCCCUCAGAACAGCCUCAAUUCGUCAGGGCAUGGACUCUACAAGGUGUCGAAAGCGUUCCACAGGGAUGCUGGCCCAUGUUGAUUCCAAUGCUUCCCACAGUUGUGUCAAGUUGGCUGGAUGUCCUUUGGGUGAUGGACCAUUUCUGAUACACACUGAAACUGUUGAACGUGAAAAACCCAGCAGCGUUGCAGUUCUUGACACAAACCCGUGCGCCUGGUACCUACUGCCAUACCCCGUUCAAAGGCACUUAAAUCUUUUGUCUUGCCCAUUCACCCUCUGAAUGGCACACAUACACAAUCCAUGUCUCAUUUGUCUCAAUGCUUAAAAAUAAUUAUUUAACCUGUUGCCUCCCCUUCAUCUACACUGAUUGAAGUGGAUUUAACAAGUCACAUCAAUAAGGGAUCAUAGCCUUCACCUGGAUUCACCUAGUCAGUCUAUGUCUUGGAAAGAGCAGGUGUCCUUAAUGUUUUGUACACUCCGUAUACAUAUGCAUGCAUUACUUACUUACACACAAGCUUAUAUAAACAUGCAGUCUCUUCUGUGGCACAGUAGUAACAUUGCUAGCUUGGAGAUAACAGGGAAUAUUGUCUUAUUUUGUGACGACUAUGUUCCUCCCCCCGCCACAGGCUGUCUACCCCGGUGCGCCGGUGCAGCAGCAAUAGUUCCCUGGGAUUCGGAAGGACUGGCCCAUCGCCGCCUUACCCAGGAGGCCACGGGUCCUUGGCUGGCCCCCGCAGGCUGUCUGUAGGAGGGGCCAGACCCUUCCAGCUCUCUCCUCAAGGUAUGUCUGCCAGAGUGCAUUGAUGUGUCAUAAAAUGUCCCCUCUCUUCUUUCUCUCCUCUCAUUCUUCUUCUUUCUCAUCCCCCUCUCUCGUCUCCCUCUGUAUCUGAAGUGGGCACCAUCCCUGAGCUGCCAGGACAGGCAUGCCCGUUGGGCACGGGCAGCGGGGGGUCGCGGGGCGGAGGUGAGAAUCCGGAAUUCCCCUCCCUCCUUCCCUGUCCGUCCCGCCAACCUUUGGGCUGACUGUUUUAGUGUUUUGUUAGUGGUGGAAAUGGUUAACCUGGCCAGGGGCAUUGGGGAGUUGCUCUGUGGUAGCCCAAGGCUAUUCACUUCCUGUUGGCUUGAUCAGUGGGGUUUAAACCUGACUUAAAGCAACCAUCACCUUUAGAUGUUUUACUUCCAUGUGUCUUUCCUUCAGCUGUAUAGUUAGUAACUCAUCUUUAUAAUGUAAAGAUGACAUUGUGCUGGACUUUUCCUCUGUUGUCCAUGUUAUGACCCACCCUCUAACUUCUAACCCCUGUCCCUUUCCAGCUCUCCAAUUCCCCGACACGCGGCCUCCCCCUCAGCAGAAGCAAGGCCUGGGCACCCAGCUCCACAGUGCCCCCUGUCUUCUGGAGGCCACUAGCGGUGGCGGCAGGCAGAAAAUCAGGAAGCAGCACUCGGACCCCGUGGUGGCUAACCUUCAGGCAGGCAUGAUGGCUAUGCGGCCCCUGCACUCCUCCCCCAGGCUGAGUGAACUCAUGCAGCGCAGCCCCCUCUCCACCAUCCUUGGAUCCCCCUCUAGAGUGAGUUCAUGUUUUGGACACAGCUAGUACAAUACCUAUGCCUGUGUUUUAGAGGAAACUGAACUAUUCAGCAAUUGUACUAUGGCUUUAAACAAUCAAUCCCACUGUCUAUAGUCUCUAGACUCUACUUUGCAUCUGACACUGAUAUCCUGUCCACAGGCCAUACCACCCUUUGAGUUCCCAAAACCUCCCAGCUCCCCCAACCUGGUGACUUUCCUGGCCCAGCAGGGUCUGGUUCUGGCCCCGCCCGGCAGCAGGACUGCCUCAAACCACAAGGACCCAGGACAGCAGCCUACUGGCCAGCUUGGUCAAUACAGCCAGAGGACUACAGAGGACAACAAGGGCUUCGGCAGGUCUCAGAGUGCAGGUCGUCUGUCUGACAUGUUGCUGAUGGCUGCGUUUGGAGGGCCGCUGGGGGAGCACGGCAGCAGUGAGAACCUCAGCUCUGACAGAGAAGCCAUAGACAUCACAGGUGGGCAUAGUGGACCUGUUCACCAAGUUUUACCCUUCAGUAAAUGUCUACCUGAAUGACUAAAGCAUAAAGAGCUGUUAUGUUCACCAAUCGAAGUUGACUAGAUAGUCAAUAUUGCAGUGACUGACUGACUCGACUUACUCCUUUUUUUUCCCUUUAUAUGGAUGUGGGUCACUCAGUAUAGAUAUGUUUGGGGGUUAGGAGUUGGAGCUUCAAGGUCAGCAGAGCUGUGCAUAUUUCAUCACUUAUUUUUUAGACUGGGGUCACAGUAUCAAUUAGGUAAAGUGCCACAGGAGUCAAUUCCAACACAAAAACGUUUUAAUGGGUGACUGAGCUUCCAGAUUUGGCCUCGUUUUGAAGAUUGUUCAUUAAGAAAUGCUAGCUGCCAUGACUGAAGCCAAACGAGAGUUGUCUUGGGGGUGUGGUUUGAUGUGGGUGUGUUAUGUUCGAAUAUCGUAUCCUGGCAGGUACUGUUGUUUGUCCCUACUGAAUCACCCUAGCAACAACAUAGCCAGCCACUUACUCAAGAAAAAAAACGUGCAUGGAAAAACUAGUCGGUGCCCUGAAUAAAGUCUAUCGUGUAGGGAAAGGACUGAUUUCUGAGAAAACAAUAACAUGUCUACAACUUAUGCAAGCUGCCAAACUAUCUUAAAUAAAGCAAAAUCAAUUGCUAGCUAGCUAAGUUUCAACUUGUGUGUUUGUCAAUGAAGCUAGCAAGUACGGUAGUAGCUAGCAGACAUAUUGAGCAGCCAGGCCACAAUCGGUUUAUCAAGUCACUGGCAAGUGGCGACGUGUGUGCUUCGGUGCCGUUUUGUUUUUUACAACUUUCUCACUACCUAUUACCAGAGUGUGCGUCUGUUUGACAGUGUUGCAUAGAGAAUCAUGUUACAAAACAGGUCGCGGGGGGACACAAGAUGUUCGCAAAUGGGUUUUGGAAUAUUGACAAGUUGCGGUUGGAUACAAAUGCGCUCUGAUCAUCUCAAUUCUAAUUUUGCCCCAAUAAGUGGCAGACUCGAGGGAUUGACACUAUCAAACAUCAGCAAGUGACCACUCCAUGAAGGGCUUAGGGCCAAGGGUUAUUUCAACAUAACAUUGGUGAGGUGUUGUCUUAUGUAAACAAGCCUGAGGCGCCGUGUAAUGGGCAAGUCUGUCUCACUGUCUGGAGGUUCUGUCUGCUAUGAUUGGAUAGAGCACGCACAGCUGAUAGAGCACAAUCAGCACAGCUGCUUAUCUUGUGUUACUGGGCAAAUGGACAUGAUCGUAAUCCAUACCCAACCCUCCAGUAAGUCGUGACGAACUCACUUAAAAAACUCAGUUUUGGACGAGACUGACUUUAUGACCAAAAUUAUCCUAUUUACACUUUGUAGUAAAUUUGGACACUAUUUUGAAUUAAUGUUUCUGAUUCAUAUCGAUGCCACAUAGGCCGUUUAAAACCAGAGAAGUUGGUUCUAAGGUGCUGAGGACUAUUGUAUUUUUGUAAUAAUAUAUUUGUAAAUAUUAUGUAAAUAAUAUAUUAUGUAAAUAUAUAUUUGUAAUAAUGUAUUACUGAUUGGGUGGACCUGGCAGGGCCUGGCUCCCCAGUGGGUGGGCCUGUGUCCACACAGGCCACCCCAAGGCUACUCCCCAGCUCUAAUGGAACAUUCCUUUUUUCUAUAGAAACUGAAAUGUGUUUCUACAGCUCACGUGGGUGCGUAGUGAAACAUGAUGUUUUGAAUAUCCCUGUUGUAGGUUUUAAAUGGGGAUGGUAAAGGUUGUACGUCUACUGCUCUGAUGACAAUAUGGGCAAACAGGAUGUUUAAAGCAGUAACACUCUAACUACCAGGGUAAAUGACUACUUGCUCCACUGUAUGUAGCUAGAUCAUUACCAUGAUUCAUCCUCCCUGUGUUAUGUCUGAUGAGUGCUGUGUCUCUGUCCUCAGCGCCCUCUGGUGGUGGAGCCAUGGCUGCAGGCUCAGUCCGCCCAGCCCAGGUGGUGUUCACUGUGGGCUCCCCACCCAGCGGCAGCAUCCCGCCACAGCCCUCCAGGACCAGACAGUUCUCAGGUGAGAUGAUUUGAUUGUCAUUGCUCCACACAGCAUCCAAAUACAAUAUAGAGUUCUAGGGAUGCUGAUCUUAGUGGCAAUAAAUGCACAAUACACUACUCUAUGUCAGUUAAAUGACUGUCAGUCAUGACUAAGUGCCAUCAAGGGCCUGUUCUGAGGUACUUUCCAUGCUCUAACCCCUUCUUUCUAUAGCAAGCUCCUCCAGCUCCAUAAGCCCAGUGGGGUCCUUCACCAGCCGAUUUCAGACAGGCACCUAUCUGGACGGCUUCGAGGGUCCUUCCAGACCACGUUACAGCUUCACAGACCCAAUCACAGCCAACAUGGGGGGACCUGUUAGCUUCCUGGCCCCUGAGCUGCCAGAGGAGACACUGAUGGAGGUGAGAGGAGGAGUAGGGGUUGGGAUGUGGGGUUGCUGUUUCUGUUUCUCUGAGUUUGUCUCUGCAUGAUUUUUCUGUCUGUUCAUCUCUGUCUCUGUUUUGAAGAACGCCAAUCUGCCUGUAGGCUAUAUUUUAUGACGUUCAAUGUGUGUGAUUUUGUCUCUCUCUCUCUCUCUCUCUCUCUCUCUCUCUCUCUCUCUCUCCCUCUGUCUGUCUGAGUGCAGCAGGAGCACACAGAUACCCUGAGGAGCCUGCGCUUCACCCUGGACUUUGCCCGCUGUCUGAUGGAGGUGGCAGGGGUCAGGGGGACUGGGGCUGGGGCGGGGCAGGGGGACACCUCCCCACCCUCCCUCCUGCAGGAGCAGAGCCUAGUGGCUGACCAGAUCAGCUCCCUCAGCCGGGAGUGGAGGUGAAAGCUACCAGCUAAUGAAGCUAAACCACUGUUACUGAAACUACUUUGUCUAGAGUCUUUCCUUUUCAUGGAAUAUGAGAUCUUUACAAAUGGACGAUAAAAGCAAGUCAGACUUGGUUACUGUUCACUUUGCGAUUCAGAGACACUUUGCAAUGACUGUAGCGUUAGCUACAAACCAUGACUCUGAUGUGUGUACGUGUGUGUGUCUCAGCUAUGCGGAGCAGCUGGUGUUGUACAUGAAGACUGCAGAGCUUCUGUCGUCUGCCUUGCACACAGCCAUGGAGUGCAUCAAACAGGGAAAACUGUACCCCUCUGCUACUGUCAAACAAGGUAAGAGCCAACAACCUUAGAACAUGGCUGAAUAAAAGCCAAAAUUAAAAGCCAAAAUGUACAGAAGGAUAUAACAUUACACUCAAAUGGCAGAUGUAUCAGUAAAAAAUGUCUUGAGCCCAACCCUGCUGUGGAGUAGGACUGCUCUCUGUCUUUAUUUCCAACGCGAACACGGCUCCACUCAGCCCUCUCCUCUGUGACUGUGUGUUUAGUGGUCAAGAGGCUGAACGAGCUGUACAAGUCCAGCGUGUCAUUCUGCCGCUCCCUCAACGCAGGGCUGGAGCAUUUCUUCUCCCGCAAGCACCGUCUCAUGGACCACAUCAAUACCAUCACCGCCGAGAGGCUGCUGUUUAGCCACACUGUUCAGAUGGUGAGAGAGACACUGUGUUUAGCUCAACUGUUUCUGUCAUCUCAGCAUCUGGGGCCAUAUGUAUCAAGCUUCUCUGAGUAGGAAUGCUUAUCUAGGAUCAGGUCCAUGUAAUCUUAUUCAUUGUAACCCAAAAGGCAAAACUGAUCCCAAAUCAGCACUCCUACUCUGAGACGCUUUAUACGGCCCCUGAUCUCUUCUUCGCCCUCUCUACUCGGCUUGUGGUUGACUCGUUGCACCAUUUAUACAGCUACAUGUUUAAGAUCACUGCAUAUAGCGUGUAGCUGUAAUAAGGUGAUAUUUGAAUAAUAGCUAUUUGCUAUUAUUUCAGCCAUACUGCCAAAUGGAAUCCCAUGCUGUAUUCAAACCCAUAUACAAACCUUUAUCAUGCCAGUUUUCCUCUGACUUUUCCCACUACCUCAUCUGCCCCCCCUCCUCCCCUCCCCAGGUGCAGGCUGCUGCUCUGGAUGAAAUGUUCCACCAGGGAGAGGAGUCGGUGCUGCGCUACCACAAGGCCCUGCUGUUGAUGGAGGGCCUGUCCCUGCUCCUCACAGAGCAAAACGACAUCCUCAGCGUCAGCAAGUGUGAGUCACCUCGGAACAUUCACCUCUGACUCACCACAUCCAUUUAGCCUGAACUGGAGUAGCAUAUAUGUAUUUUUUUAUAUUUUAGUCAUUUCGCAGACUCUCUUAUCCAGAGCGACUUACAGGAGCAAUUAGGGUUAAGUGCCUUGCUCAAGGGCACAUUGCCAGAUUUUUUUCACCUUGUCGGCUCAGGGAUUUCAACCAGCGACCUUUCGGAUUCUGGCCCAACACUCUAACCACUAAGCUACCUGCCUCUAGGCUACCUGUAUAGAACAUGAUUUUAUUUCCAUGACUACACAAAUGUAAUUGGACACUUUUGGCUGAUAUUUUUUACUUAGUGGUAGCUUAGUGAGUUGUCCCUUUGACAUCAUCAAUCAAUGAAUAAUACUACCUCUACUUUCUCUCUCUGCAGGUAAGGAAUGCAUUGAGCGUCGCCUCACAGCUCUACAGUCAGGGCUAUGUGUUUGAGGACUCUGCUCAGCACCCGUGA